AGCAAAGAAAUAAGAAAUAUCUUUCUCUCUCUAUACAUUUCUCUCUUGACUUCUCUCUCUAAAAUCUCUGUCUAUGAUCUACUUCUUCUUGGUUUGCAGCGCAAACACCCUAAUGAAGUUGUAGUAGCAGGAGUAACGGUGAGGAGACUGCCGUUGGGAAGUAUUGAAGAAUGAGUAAAAUUGCAGCUGCAGCUUCAGAAGCAUCAAAUUUUGUAAGAGCUUGGCAGGAGGUUCGUUAUGCUACUUCUCUCCAUCCACCACAUUUUAGCAGAUCAUUAUCAUCAGAACCGUUGUUAGAAUCUGGAUUAGAUGAAGCACAAGAAUGUGAAGGCUCUAUUACAGUGUUAUAUCUCGUUAAUUCAUGUGGAUUUUCCGCAGAAAAGGCUCUCACAUUGUCUGAGAAAGUAAGCUUCGAAACCACAGAGAGACCAUAUUCUGUCCUUGGUCUUCUCAGAGACCAUGGAUUCGCUAAUUCCGAAAUCUCCAAACUUGUUAGUAAAGUCCCAAGGCUGCUUUUAGCCGACCAUGAGAAGAUCCUUUUGCCAAAACUUGAGUUUUUGCGUUCUCUAGGCCUUUCAGGCGCGAGCAUUGCUCUUGCCAUCUGUAGGAACCCUAUUUUCUUGACUGCCAGCUUGAAGAAUGCUCUAGUUCCUGGUUUUAAUCUCUUCAAAAAAGAACUCCUCAGUGAUGAAAAAGUUAUGAACCUUAUAACACGCUCGUGGGGAGUUUUGAGUGAUAGGGUGCAAAGUAAUAUUGCUCAAAAUCUCUCAGUUCUGAGAGCACUUGAAGUGCCGUAACCCUCUAUUUCUGUAUUACUGAGCUGUUACCUCGGAGUCGUGUGUCAAAAACCUGAUGACUUUAACAAAGAUGUGGAGAAGGUCGUCGGUAUGGGAUUCAAGCCUAAGACGUUAGCAUUUGUUAAUGGACUCCACGUGAUUGCAACAAUCACCAAAUCGACAUGGGUGCACAAAUUGGAGGUUUACAAGAGCUGUGGCUGGAUCGAAGAGGAGAUCAUGUUGGCUUUUAGAAAGAAACCCACUUGUAUGUAUCUGUCAGAGAAGAAUAUAAGAAGUAAAAUGGAUUUUCUUGUAAACAAGAAGGGUUGGCAGCUUGCAUAUCUCGCCAGAUAUCCCGACUUUCUGUCGCUUAGUCUGGAGCGGAGGGUCAUUCCAAGGUGUUCUAUCAUUAGAGUCUUGUUGGUGAAGGGCUUGCUGAAGAAAAAGUAUUCCAUAUCAUCAUUGUUGAUUACCGUUGAUAGUCGCUUUAUAAGUAAGUUUGUGACUCGCUAUCAAGAAAGCGUGCCUCAACUUUUGGAUAUCUUUUGAGGGAAAUUAAGUCUUCAGGAACUUGGCUUUCAAUUUGAGGGAAAAUGAUGGCAGAAAAAUUGCUGUAAGCACAAGUUCAUGUAUGCACAAUUCCCUCAUUCACUGCUGUUAAUUUAAGCACCUGCAUUACUCGCAGGUUUGUUUCAUUGUUUGCUUUCAGUUCAUAAAUGUGUGUGUGUGUGCCUGCACCCUGCACUGCUUUCAAUUCCAA